AUGGCGGCGGGCCUGCUCAUUUGCGGCCUGGCGGCGGGCGUGCUGUCGUGGUGCCUUCAGUCGAGCUGCACGUCGUCGCAGCUGUGGAAGGUCCGCAGUCGGGCCGAAUCUCUGAGCAGCAGCCAGUGGCAGUUCGAGGGCCUCUGGAUGAGCUGCGUCGCCACCUCGCUCGGAACGCUGCAGUGCACCAAGUUCAAGACGCUGAUCGGUCUGCCAGUGCAUGUGCAGGUGUGUCGCGCUCUGAUGAUGUCAUCGCUGGCGGUGGGCCUGGCCUCCGUCAUCGUGUCGGCUCUGGGUCUGAAGUGCAGCCGAGCGGGCGGCGGCUCGGAACGCGUCAAAGCGCAAUUUGUGCUGAGCGGAGGCGUCAUGCUAAUCCUGUCAGGCGUGUCCACCCUGAUCGCGGUGUCUUGGUAUGCUGGCAGAGUGAUCCGUGACUUCCACAAUCCUCUGUACGCGGGAAUCAGGUUCGAGCUGGGCACGGGUCUUUAUCUGGGCUGGGCAGCUUCCGGUGUGGCGCUGCUGGGUGGCGCAAUGCUCUGUUGCUCCUACAGGAGGAGCUCUUCCUCGUCCUCUCCUCCCGCACGAUAUUUUUCGUCCUCGAAAAGCGGUCAAGGUCACGGCGCGAACAUCUACCGAGCGCCACACGCCGCCUCCUGCGAAGACGGCGCCAAAGCUUACGUGUGAGCGGGCGGUCCCUGAACGCACCGUCGCAGCUCCACCAGGAGUCAUCAUAUAAGAUCUUUGUGUGUUUUUAAAACCGU